AUGUCUACAAUUCAGGCAAUGAUAGAAAUACGAUAUUUUGUUUAUGAUUUAUAUAAUGAAAUAAAAGAUUUAAGCGAUACCAUUCAAAAGGUUGAAGAAUCGAACGAUACAUUAGUUCCUCCGGCUUUAACUUUAUGUAUAGAAAAAGAUCUAGAAUAUUAUUUCAGUGUCAAAGUCCACGGUAUUGAAACAGGAAAUGAUCAUAUAACCAAGUUUGAGUCUAAUGAUCCAAAUUUGACCAAGUAUGGACUUAAUGUUGCAAAAUGUUGGGCACGUAACAUAGUAAUAUAUUAA